AAGCUUUAGAGACAGCGCUGUGGAAACUUAAGACGAGAAGAUUACUGCCACAUACUGUGAGAACACAAAAUAACGAAUUUUGAUGGGCACUCGGGACCCAGUGUGUCAGGGAAGCUGAGACAUGGACCCUAACAGAACAACAUCUGACUUGGAAAAGGUUCUGGAUUCUCUGUGUAUUGAUCCGUUGGAAGACCUGACCACCAUGGGAGCAGAGGACCCACUGUCUGAUGCACAAGUUAAAGCGUUCCAGGAUGUCUUUGAGAUGUUUGCCAGCUACAACCCGAGUUGCAUUGAUGCUGUGGGUCUCUCCUCCCUACUGGACACAGUGAACAUGAGCCUGAGCCCUGAGCAGAUGGAGGCUGCCCUGCAGAGUGCCGACUGUAACGGAGAUGGUGAGGUGGGUUUUCAAGACUUUCUGUGUGUGCUAACUGACUGUCAGAAGUUUGCCAGGUGUAUCACAGUAGCAGAGUCACCUGACCAAUCACAGUGCAUGGAUGACUCAGACUCUGUCUUCUACAAGGCCUUUGUUCAGAUACUGGAUGACGGUCUAAUUUCCAGCAGUGCCGCUGAGGAGAUAGUUCUCUAUUACCAGAAGAAGUCACUGUGUCACGUCUUCCGCACAGUGCCACAGCAAGAUAGGAGCGGGGGUCAUGUGAUCACCUAUUACGCCAAAGGGGCUCACCUUGUUGGUCUCCAGCCCAAGCAGCUGAUGAAGUACAUUGAAUCUUGUGCUCCCAGUGUCAGUCCAUACUCCAAGCGUCCCAGCUUGAGCAUUCAAUCAAAGAUCAAACUAGGCAGGUGUGUCACCAAGCGGCCUCCCUUGACUAGCAAGGAUUUGGCGAAGAGCUGGAAGACCGUGGAGACUGAGCAGCAAAUAAGACAGCUGUCAAUCAAGUAUCCAGGAAAGGAGACCAAGGACAUGAUCACUCCGGUCAAGGUCAAUGUGGACCUGCAAGUGAAGGACAUGGAGCGUCUCACCUAUGACACGAUCAACCAGAUACGCCGCAAGUCUAAAGAGGGCCUGAGCUCCUACCUGGAGAUGCUGAGCCUGUAUAAGCAGCGGGAUGCCUGGGUGUCUUGGGGCUUGCUGCAGUGCUACCACAGCCCGCUGGAAUGCAGUGCCAUGGCUGACACCUUCUCCACUUAUACUUGGAGCUGGAGUGCAUGCCGCAACUUGCUGCACCCCUCAACCUACGAAAGUAGAGACGCAACCCGACCCUCCUGUCCCACUAAUAUCAUGGAGUAGGUUGUUUGUAAGAUUGUCAGUCAG